AUGAACCUCUGUAUCAAUCAGGAGCAGUUUGUCUUUCAAUUGACAAAUGUAGGAAGUAACCAAAUUCGUCACGGUACCAGUGAUUCCACUGCGACAACACCAGCAUCGACAAAAUCGAAGCGAUGGGCCGACCGAUUUCAAAAACUGUCACGCCCUAAAAAGGGAGCCCUUAUGAGUACAACAGCGGACGAAGAUUUCAGUUUGGCAAAAAACCCAGCCCAAAAAGUGUUUUCUGACUUAGACCCUUUCUCCACGCCUAUAAGAACCCGUUCGAAGAGUACGCAUGAGGUUCCACUUCGAUCAACGUCGAUUCCACAUCCCGAUUCAUCUCUACUGAAAGCCUCUCUUCCUGCUACAGGAAGAACAGACUCUGAGAACAAUUGGGAUUCUCCCAGUUCUCUCAGUUCAACACCUUUCCACCAGAAUGAAACACCACCGCGUAUUAGACCCUUCGACCAUCCCAGCACGGCCAGCGAAAAAAAGUCGUAUAUGCGGCAACAAUGCUCUCUGUGCGCCGACUUGAUCUGUUUCCGCUCUCAUGGAGAAAAAAUUGUCCCACUUAGAUGUAAUCAUUUGGCCCACGCAAACUGCCUUUCUGCAUUUCUGGAAGAACAUUCCAACGACUUGUCCUUCGCAUACCCUCCUUGCUCAAAAUGUGACGAUGGCACUCGCUGCAUACCCGUUUCGAGAGAGUAUCGAGAAAUGCUUAUGUCGGACGUUCUGCUUAGAGCAACGUCCACACCGCGGCCUCCAGCGAGUCCAGUUCCCUCUUCCCAGUCACCGGUUUACAACAAAGAGAGUGGAAGUCCAGGCCGCAGCACCGCCGUGAUGGUUGAACGAUUUGGGGCGGUCAGAAGUUUAUCACGUUCCAACAGGAAUGUCAAAGACCUUUACUUGAGACUUUCCAAAUGGCGUUCGUCCGAAGACUCGCGGACCCUAGCCCGUGGUAGCAUCAUAUCCGGCUUGUCCUCCAUUACAACUUCUGUGUCAUUAAUCAGCUUAGACCAAGAAGAAAGUGGUACCGCCACGAAAUCUCUAGACCAGAUUCCUCUCGCGGUCUUGAGACAUUUGUAUACUCAGACUCUACUCUCAAGUUUUCCUCAAAAAUUGAACGACUGGAAACUUGACGCAGAAUUUGGCGCCUUACGACUCGUAGAUCGACUAAUGUUUUCACAUGAUGGGGACUUAUUCCUUGAAUGCAUCUGCUUCCUCUUCAGAAAAGUUAUUGUUUUUGCACGACCAGCUGCCAGCUUUGCACCGAACAGUCUUCAAAAAGCCCGUUAUUCGGAAUUUUAUUCAUAUUCGGCUGAGAAUGGAUUGAUCAUCAAUUCAAUUGCCUCUUCGUUACUUAAGUGUACCGUGAAACAAGAAAACGAAGUUUCAUCGCCAAAAAAACGCAAGGAUUUUUAUCUCAAAGAAUCAAGUGACUCAGACUCUACCCAAAUUAUUGAAAAAUGGGCCUCCGCCCUCCUUGAUCCUGACCUAGUUUUUAAAAGUGGGUUUUUCUCGACAAACUUCCUCAUAGGUUCCAGCAAUUUGACUGAUCAACGAAAUAAGCCAUUGCUUGAAGGAAUCAACAGUCGAUUUUCCGUAUUAGACUUGAAAAUGGAUGCCGGAGGUGAAGGAGCGGUGUUGAGGAAAAGUGUCAUCGGCUUGGAAGCGUCUGUGGACAAGGAUGGGACAAUUUCCUCCACGCUAUCGUUGAAGAAAAGCAAGCCCAGCGAUCUUCUCGUUAUUUUUCAGCUGGAUUUAAGAACUGUGAGCCAACAUGACAUGAGGACACUGAAAAACUCUCUUCAAGCUUUGACUCUACAAGAUGAAAAUUGCAAAGUUUGUUUAGUCGAUAUUGCCGGCGAUGUUUUGAGUUUCGGUUUGAUUAAGGAACAGCUGCCGAACUUUGGCCAACACAAAAAAUCUCAGACACCCUCAAAUAUUCAAGAGUUGGUUAAGUCCACCGCAGAAUCUGUGACCUCCACUUUUGGGAUCGCGGUCUUUUCCAGCACACCCAUGGAUAAGAGCAAGUCGUACCUAUUCAAAGACUUCAAAGCGUUUUCACAGCUUGAAAGAAAAAAAGUCAAGGAAUUAAAAGUGCAUAUUGGCUAUUUGAAUGUUGACCAUUCAGAUGAGAUUUCUGAGCUGGCAGAAAUUAGUUCGUGGGAAAACAUGAUUGAAAUGAUGUGUUUUGCCUUCAAUAUGACGUUUGACGAUGACGAUGACGACGACGACGACGACGACGAUGAUGAUGAUGAUGAUGAUGAUGAUGAUGAGCGCAGCAUUCAAUACGCAUCACAUGCAGUUUUGCAUAGUCCCUUGAGCAUUAAAACUCAAAAAAGAAGCCUCGAAAGCGCCUCUCAUCUGUCCCAGUUUUCGUUUUCAUCCGACGGCACACAUCCAGGGUUCAAUUCUGGCAACCUCUCCAUAGUUGACAGAUUGCCCUUGGACGAGAAUGGCCUCCUCCAGAAACCUUUUUCGACUGGCCCAAAUAAUUCAUUGGAAGAAAGCCGUGAUCAGCUCUAUCCUGUGUUACCUCGAGACACCAGUUGCCUGCAAUCUUUGAAAUCGGACCCCCAUUCAAUAUGUGAGGAUAUUAAUUAUCUGCACUUGAAAGAGGAGGGCUGUAAUACCAACUGGAAUAUUUUUCUUAAAGGCAUAAACAAGAUACUCGAUGAUGCCAUUGAGCAGAAAGAAGCGCGAGCCUGGUGA